AUCCGUCGUACUCUUUCGAAAUCACGAUUUCCAUUUUCCGUAAACCCUCAUCUCUUCGAUCUUGUUAUUGCUUCCUUUGUCCCGUCGAUGGAGCUCCAGAGUCACCAAGAGCAGGGUCUCCCUGAGAGGAAAGGACAGAAGCGAAAACUGGAGGAAGAAAUUCAAGAGGAACCGGAGAUCUCACUCCCGCCGUCCGGCGAUGCCCGCCACGCUAUCCUGUGCGAGGUAAUUGCUCAGGUUGACAUCCUCAACUACACCUUCUCUUGGCGCGAAGCUGACCGCGCUGCCGCUAAGCGCGCCACUCACGUCCUGGCCGAACUCGCUAAGAACGAGGAAGUUGUGAAUGUGAUUGUAGAUGGUGGUGCAGUUCCGGUCCUAGUGAAGCAUCUGCAGGCGCCACCAUUAAGUGAAGGUGAUCCAAACCAGAAGCCCUUCGAGCAUGAGGUGGAGAAAGGAAGCGCUUUCGCGCUUGGACUUCUUGCCAUAAAGCCAGAACAUCAGCAACUUAUUGUCGAUUCAGGGGCCCUGUCACAUCUUGUGGAUUUGUUGAAGAGACAUAAAGAUGGUUCUAGUUCUCGUGCUGCGAUUAGCGUCAUUAGAAGAGCAGCUGAUGCUAUCACCAAUCUUGCUCAUGAGAAUAGCAGCAUUAAAACUCGUGUUAGGAUGGAAGGUGGGAUUCCCCCCCUUGUUGAGUUACUUGAAUUUAUUGAUACAAAGGUGCAAAGAGCAGCUGCUGGGGCGUUGAGGACCCUUGCAUUUAAAAAUGAUGAAAACAAGAAUCAGAUUGUUGAAUGCAAUGCCCUGCCUACUCUCAUAUUAAUGCUGAGAUCAGAGGAUGCUGCUAUACACUAUGAAGCGGUUGGUGUAAUUGGAAAUCUGGUUCACUCAUCUCCAAACAUUAAGAAAGAUGUUCUUGCUGCUGGAGCUUUGCAACCUGUCAUUUCUCUGCUGAGCUCCUGCUGCUCAGAGAGCCAAAGGGAGGCGGCUUUACUACUUGGACAAUUUGCUGCUACUGAUUCUGAUUGCAAGGUUCACAUUGUUCAGAGGGGUGCUGUUGGACCCUUAAUUGCGAUGCUUAAAUCUCCGGACAUGCAGUUGAGGGAAAUGUCAGCCUUUGCUUUGGGGAGAUUGGCACAGGACACACACAACCAAGCUGGCAUUGCCCAUAGUGGGGGAUUAGUUCCAUUGCUGAAGCUUCUUGAUUCAAAAAAUGGAUCUUUGCAACAUAAUGCUGCGUUUGCUCUUUAUGGUCUGGCAGAUAAUGAGGAUAACGUAUCCGAUUUUAUUAGGGUGGGUGGUGUGCAAAAGCUGCAGGAUGGAGAGUUCAUUGUUCAAGCAACAAAAGACUGUGUUGCCAAGACAUUGAAAAGAUUAGAGGAGAAGAUUCAUGGGCGAGUUUUGAACCAUUUGUUGUACUUGAUGCGUAUAUCAGAGAAGUCAGUUCAGAGACGAGUUGCUUUAGCUCUUGCUCAUCUUUGUUCCCCAGAGGAUCAGAGAACCAUAUUUAUCGAAAACAAUGGUUUGGAGUUGCUUCUUGGGCUUCUUGGUUCUGCAAGCUCAAAGCAGCAACUUGAUGGUGCUGUGGCUCUAUACAAAUUGGCCAACAAAGCUAUGACUCUCUCUCCUAUUGAUGCUGCUCCCCCCUCUCCAACACCACAGGUUUAUUUGGGCGAGCAAUAUGUAAACAGUGCUACGUUGUCGGAUGUUACCUUUCUUGUUGAAGGUAAACGAUUCCAUGCUCACAGAAUUUGCCUUCUUGCUUCUUCAGAUGCAUUCCGUGCAAUGUUUGAUGGUGGUUACCGGGAGAAGGAUGCAAGGGAUAUUGAAAUUCCAAACAUAAGAUGGGAGGUUUUUCAAUUGAUGAUGAGAUUUAUAUACACUGGGUCAGUCGAUGUUACAUUAGAUAUUGCACAAGAUCUCCUAAGAGCUGCUGAUCAGUAUCUCUUGGAGGGACUUAAGCGACUCUGUGAGUAUGCCAUUGCACAGGACAUAUCUUUGGAAAAUGUUUCAAGCAUGUAUGAACUUUCAGAAGCCUUCAAUGCUAUAUCAUUAAAGCACACAUGCAUUCUGUUCUUCUUGGAGCAGUUUGAUAAGUUGAAUGCAAGGCCUGGGCACUCUCAUCUUAUCCAGCGUAUUAUUCCUGAAAUCCGCAAUUACUUUGCCAGAGCACUUACAAAACCUAACCAACAUAACCUGCGGCUAUAGAUGACUGGCUUUUACCCCUUGAUCGCUAACUAGAAGUUGUACAUAAAAUAGCAAAUCUUGAUGUUCUGGAGCCAGAUGAAGAUUCUAAUGGUUCCUUGUAGGAUGGUUCGUGAUCAUUUUCUUAUGCUGGAGCUACAUCACCUUCAGUCAAACCAUAAGUUUCUUUUAUUCUUUGUCUUAGAUAUCGAUAAGAAUAGGUCUUCAUCAAACACUUCGAUCAUCAUGCAUUGUGAUGGAUAUUCGAGUGAAGUGUACUUGAACCUUCUUCUUCUUCUUCCUUUUUCUUCUUUUUUUUUUUUAUUUUUUUUUAUUUUCCUUUUUCUAUUUCUUCUUCUUCUUCUUUUUCUGAGUCGUCAUUCAUUGAAACGGCGGUGUAGGUUUGUUGGUGUUGUACUCAUAACUUUGUAGUGUAUCUGAAAAAAUUGAUUUGCAUAGCUUGUGGAAUUCAUCUUUACUUCGGUUCUGAAUGCUAAUAUGGGAUUUAUUUGAAUUUAUCCGUUCAAUUUCAAACUCAAUGUCUAGUUUUGUGGAAUAAUAAUAAUAAUAAUAAUAAUAAUGAAUUUGAUAUUGAUUA